AUGACUGAAACAGCGGCGUCUCUCGUUGUUAUCGAACCUGUCGAAACUAUUGAUAAUGAAACAACGCAGUUAACUCUUAAAUGUGAAAAUUUUAAUUUACAUGGGAUUCAAACAUUGAAAUGUCUUGAUGCAAUGCGAAAAGAACGACAAUUAUGCGAUGUUAUAUUAACAGUUGAAGGUCAUGAAUUAUUUGUUCAUCGAGCAGUUCUAUCGUGUCAUUCGAAUUAUUUUCUUGAACUUUUUGUUAAUGAUGAAAAAGAUACAUCGACAAAAAAACAGAUCUACUAUCAACUGGAUGGUCUUGAACAUCCAGCAUUGAAAUUAAUUAUUCAAUUUAUUUAUCGCGGAAGUUUUCAAUUAACAUCAGAUAUGGUACCGAAAGUCUAUUUGGCAGCACAUCAAUUACGCGUUGAAACAAUUUUUAAAGCUUGUUCAAAUUAUCUUGCUGAACAACUCAAUAAAUACAAUUGUUUGAUUACACGUCUUAUGGCCAUCGAUGACGAACUUCGUAUGAAAGCAUCGGAAUUUAUUCAAAAUAAUUUUUUUGCGGUAAUUGAAACACGUGAAUUUCAUGCAUUACCAUCUAUUAAAGUUGAACUAGUCGGUGCUACAAUACUGAAUACAAAUAUAAUGUGUGAUCUGAUAAUAAACUGGAUUAGCCAACAACUUCGUAAAGAUAAUAGUUCACUUCAAGAACUUGAAGAAUAUUUGCAUUUACUCUAUCUGAACGGUGAUAAAACUCUUCAUGAUUGUUCAGAUAUGGAUAAGAAAAAUGUUUAUUUUUCCGAUUUAAUCAAAGAUUAUCAAAGUUAUAAACUUUCAAAACGAACUUCGAUCUCUUCCAUAUCAGUUAAAUCGAGUGAUAAUUUAAUUUUUGCAGCAUCAAAUUUAAAAUUAAUCAAUAACACCUUACCAUCAAAUAUAGCAAAUAAUUUGCAAACAUUUGAAACAACGCUUAUUCAUAUUGAUCAAUCUACAGAAUAUAGUUAUGUCGCUAUUGGUAUUGUCAAAGGAAAAAUGAUAAGUAUCUCUAUUCAUUUAUCACCAUCAUUGACAUCUACACCGAGUACAUCUGAAAAUGGUCAUACUAUUUACACGGAUGAUAAUGAUCAAAUAGAAAAUCAUACGAGUCCAAUUUUACCUAUUCACAAAGAGAUUCCAUUGGCUUCACUUUCGAUACCACGAUGUUGUUUUGGUGUUAUAUCAACGAAUAAUAAAAUAUUUGUUGUUGGUGGAUACGAUCGAGGUGAUUGCCUUGAUACAAUCGAACAAUUUAAUCCCAUUGACGGUAAAUGGAAAAUGUUAUCGACUCCAAUGAAUAGUCGACGUGGUCGAGUAUCAGCUGCCCUGGUUAAUAAUAGAAUUUAUGUUUGUGGUGGUAGCGAUGGACAACAGGAAUUAUUUACUGGUGAAUAUUAUGAUUUGAAAUCAAUGAAUAAAUGGCUACCGAUAAAAGAUCUUGAUACACCGGUUGCACAUGGAGCUAUGUGUAGUGAUGAUUCUUAUAUAUAUUUAAUCGGCGGAUGUGAAGGUGAUAAAUGUAAGAAUGAUUGUUAUCGAUAUGAUCCCGACAGCAAUCAAUGGUCAACAUUAAGUUCUAUGAAUCGUGAACGUAGUCAAGCAGCUGCUGUAUAUUUCGAUGGGAAAAUCUAUGUAUUUGGUGGUUACACAUCAAAUCGUUGUUUAUCAUCGUGUGAAAUUUUAACUCUAUCAACCAAUGAAUGGUCGACUGGACCUGGUAUGAGAGAAAAUCGUCGUGGGUGUGGCGCAGUUUUGUAUGAAAAUAAAAUUUUAAUUAUCGGCGGUUCGAAUGGUAUAGCAUCUUUAACAUCAAUUGAAAUCUUUGAUCCAGCUAUUAACGAAUGGAUUAUAAAUAUAAAUGGUAUUCCGAACGAAUUAAAUGUGUCACGAGUUGGCGUUGGAAUUACUGUAUGUGAUGGAAAACUUUAUGUUAUGGGAGGUUUCGAUGGAAGAAAUUUUCUUAAAACAAUUGAAGUUUAUGAUAAAAAUAAUCAACGCUGGAAAUUAAGUAAUAAUAAAUUAGAUAAGAUGAAUUACCAAAAUUCGAAUGAUGUGAAAAUGUGA